AUGGCAACGUUGUUGGGUACAGGGAAAACGUUACAUCAACUACUGAAAACUUGGGGAAAUAGUAAAUUUUUAACGUUAAAUUUUCAAAAAGGUGUUAUAGAUGCCUACCAGCUGACUCCCAUAGGUAGAAUGCUGAAAAAUAAUCUUAAAGAGGAGUUUGUUCGAAGCGACAGUGAAACGGCUGUGUACGAGGGAGGCUGUGGUUUCUCGCUUAAAGAGAACCUUAAAUUUGUAAAGGAUGCGUUUUCCGUGAAGCUGCCAUUUGGAAUCGCCACCGAAGAAAUGUUUUCCGAUGAAAAAGUGCCUGUUACCGAGUCGAUUGAGCUAAAGUUACCUACGGGAAGUCACUUAUCUCGUUGGUGCUUUGUAAGUCCAUCAUCAAGCCGUGAGUACAUGUACAAGGUCCAGCGUCAACGUAAAAUUUGGUGGAUGCGAUACGCUUGUGAUCCGGGCAGAUUCUUUCUCUCUGAUCCCCGACAAGACGUGCAUGGUAAAUGUCAAAGCACCAACAUUCGAGCACGGUUUGGACAAGAUGAAGUUAUUCUUGAAGAGCUUCAACUAAUUCCGAAUAGUGAAUUACGCGACGAGUUGGAAGGUUUUUAUGUCGAAACUGGCCCCUCUGGUCGGAAGAUCAAACCGGAUGUGAUAAAAAUACGUCAGUGCACCGAGUUGGCCACGUUGCAGAUUCUGCUGGACGCUUGCGAAGUGGACAGCGUACGGAUUCAUCGCAAACUUGCACCAUUUAAAUGUGGAGUCCUAUGUUUAGUUGAAGAAAAGACCGCUCAGUUAAAUGAGCUAUACGACCUGGCCAAACAUUUAUGUAACGUUCUCCGGCGAUCGAACGUGACCGUUCUGGAUUGCACGUCUCAACCGUUUAACCAAAUGGACGACAGUCUUGCGAAACAACUCCACAGCUUGGACAUGAUGGGAGUUCCAUUCAGUCUCAUAGUUCGGAUAGACAGCCUCUCGCACGGUCUACUGCAGCUGCGCUCCCGAGAUACAACCAUCAGUGAAACCAUUCACAUUACCGAUUUACCGCAAUAUUUAUUACAAAUAAUUACAAAUUAGUGGGAAAUAAAU